CAGAAUAUGAUUACCCUGUACGAUGACAAAUAAAGCUGCAUUUUUAAAUUGAUUAUUUCACAAAUAUAAGCAUUAUGGAUUCAAAGUAUUCAGUUGUAGAAUUUCUUCAAGAUAAUAAAUCAUCUUGUGGUUAUUGUAAAACUGCGAACUCUAGCCACAGUACAGGAAUGUGGGCUUAUACUAUGACUGUUGAAGAUUAUCAAGAUUUGAUUGACCGAGGUUGGAGAAGAAGUGGUCAAUAUUGCUACAAACCUAUUCAAAAAUUAACUUGUUGCCCCCUGUAUACAAUCAGAUGUGAAUCUCUAAAUUUGAAGCUAUCAAAAUCACAAAAGAAAAUUUUGAAAAGAGUAGGGAAAUUUCUUGUCGAAGGAAAUACUUCAAAAAAACAAGAAGGAGAAUCUGAUAGUGAUUCUGCCAGCGAAUUUGAACCUAGAUGUGAAAUAUUUGAAAAGCAUAUUAGUAGUGUUAUGGACCAAAAAGCUAAUCAGAAAAUAGGAGGAUUAAUGGAAGUAGAUUCAUCAGCCUGCGGAAUUAGCCCAAAUAAGCCAGAAGUUCCAUCUCGUGUAGAAAAAUCAGAAGAUAAAUCUCAGAAAGCAGAUAUAAAAGUGCCACAUUCGCCAUUAGCUGGAUGUUCAGAAAAGUCUCAUAGUCCCGGCACACCAAAACCUGGUAUUGGAAGAGAUUUGUCAAAGCCUCAGUGUAAAAAGGCUAAGUUACUGCGUUUAGAAAAAAAACAAAAGAAACUACUAGAAAAAGGGUUACCAGUUGCAUCAGUAUUAAAAAAGGAUCAGCCUUCUGAAAAAUCUUUGGAAGACUUCAUUAAAGAAUAUUCUAUAGAAAGUGCAGUUAACAAAUUGGAGUUGAAGUUAGUUCGCUCAUUUCCUCGGAGCAGAGAGUUUGAUGAGAGUUUUGCAGAAGAGCUCUCGUUAUACCAAAAGUACCAAAUGGUCGUGCACCAUGAUCCAAUCUCAAAGGUUCCCGAACAGCAGUUCGUACGUUUCCUUGUCACAAGUCCACUGAAGCCUCAACAAAAAAUCAGAGGAAAUCCAUCCCAACUCACGACUGGCUAUGGCUCUUUUCACCAGCAUUAUCGUCUUAACGGGAAACUUAUUGCGGUGGGGGUGAUUGAUAUUUUACCAAAGUGCAUAUCUUCCGUUUAUUUCUUUUAUGAUCCAGAUUAUAGUUUUCUCUCAUUAGGAACGUAUGGAUCUUUGAGGGAGAUGGAGCUAGUGAGGUCUCUUAACAAGCAGUCCCCGCAACUCUGUUAUUAUUAUAUGGGUUAUUAUAUUCAUUCUUGCCCUAAAAUGAGGUACAAGAGUCGUUACAAUCCCUCGAGCCUUCUCUGCCCUGAGGUUUACUCUUGGCACCCAAUUGCUGAUUGCCAGACUAAGCUUAAUAAUAACAAAUAUGCUAGAUUCAAUGAAGAUCCCGAUGCUGUUUGUGAGAAUUCUAUUAUAUUCCUUAAUGAGGUAUUAAUUUUACAUAAUAGCGUUGCCAUGUCAUAUGGAACUUACAAACUAAGGGUGAUUGGUACAAGUGAGAGUGAUGACGAAGAAGUAAGAAAAUAUGGUGAAUUAGUCGGCAGACAAUGUGCUGAAAGAAUGCUUCUGUAUCGGUAGCCUCGGUUGAAACAGCGAGUUGUUGAUUUUGCUGAAGACUUUUUGAGCAAUAUAUUUACUUCUUUGAAACAGUACUGGUAAAAUUGAAAUUACUAUUAUAAAGGAAAUUUUGAUACAUAAGGAUGCCUAAAACUAAUGCAAGUGGUGCUAUUAAUGUGGUGUUUAGUUUAAAUAAAUGCUGUACAGUGCCUAAGUUUUGUUCAUAUGAGGCUACUUGUGUUUAUGAAUUCUCUUAAAAAUGGUAAAUGUGAUUUCUUUAUUUGUAUGUCUAUUAAUUAAUAAUUUUGGUAAUUUGCUGUGACUAACCAUUAAUUAUUAAUUUAUAAAUGUUAAAUGUAUUAAUCCUCUUGGAUAAUUUUAUAUUAAAAACUAAUUAAAGUUACCUGCAGAUAUUCAUAUUUGCUUAUUUAUUAAUUGUAUGGUUGUAUUUAGUCUUGUCAAGAUAUUUUUAGAGUAUACUUUAGAAUCUUAAAGAAAUAUUGUUUAAAGUUAUUAGUCUUAAGGUUUUAGCAGCUUUGUUAUCAUUUUUGUAAAAGAAAAAAAGGAGUAUUGUUAAACAAACUUUUUUAUCAUAGAAACAAUGGACACAAUCAUUAUUAAUUUUAAAAGGUUUUAUUGAUAAAUAGCUGGUUAAGUAUUUUUGGUAAGAUAUGCUGUUUUUCCUAUUAUUAAAUAUUACAAGAAGUAUUACAGUGUUCAUUGUUCAUAUAUAAAAAUAAAAACAAGACAGCUUAGUUGAUGAUUUUUUUUUUUCACCUGUGCUU